AUGUGGUUUCUGCUAGUAUGCGUCUUCACGGCGUUUUUGACGGCGGAAAGCGCAGGCGCCGGCGCCGCCCGCCUUGUAUGUUACGUGGAAAACGCGGGCGAUUUUGCUGAAUGCACGCAUCUCGUGUACGCGGGCGACGCGAGAGGAGAAAAACUUGACUCGCUCUUAAAGGAAUAUAGGAAAAACAACCCGAGACUCAAGAUUUUGGUUCGUGCGUCUGAAGCUGAUAAGAGUCUCCAAGAUCUUCUAAAAUCAAAGCACGUGCAAGGUUUAGAAAUCUACGACGCACAUCUAUCUUUCAACAAAUCUAAAGUUGUUGAGACUGUGGAAAAUGCUAGGUCAGCUAUUAACGCCAAUGGAGGCGGGCCAUUAUUCCUUGCCUUGCCAGCGCAUCCUGAACUGCUCGCGAAGUACUACGACCUUAGAACCUUGCUGAAGAAAGUGGAUCUGAUGAUGGUGCAAACCCAUGCCUUGGGUAUGGUUAAGAAGAUGACUUAUCACCCUAGUCGAUUGAGUGGCUUAUGGGAUAUGAUGAACACCGACUCCGUAGUAGAUCUAGUUAUCGGUUUGGGAGUGCCUGCCUCUAAGAUAGUCAUCAGUUUACCAGCCACAGCGAGACAAUUCACCUUAACGAACGAAACUCUCAGUACUCCUGGAAGCCCGACUGAAGACGACGAACCGAAAGAAAUCGACCAAGCAGAACUUUGCCGACAAAUUCGCAAAGGUAGAUGGACUUUGGAAAGAGAUCAGGAUUUAUCAGCCCCUUAUGCUUUUAAGGAUUUAACCUGGAUCUCCUUCGAGGACCCUUCAUCAGUGGACGUGAAGGGCAAAUACGCGCGUGUACGAGGUCUGGCAGGUCUCGCCCUACACAAAGCGGAUAAAGACACAGACACUCCAUGCGGGCCGACACUAAGGACUGCGCUAUCCAAAGUUCUUAAUCAACAAAGCAGGGCACCAAGAGCUGCUGUACUGAGGUCUCUAGAAAACGAGAUUUUGUCAGCGCCGUUCCAAGUGCAAGCACUAGACGCUCUACAAGUGUCGCCCUACCGCAUUACGCAAGUUGUCGACUCCGAUGGAGUUAUUCAUUCCAUUAGAGAGGAUACAAGAACCGAAUUUUCUUGCACGCGUCAAGGCUACUUCGUACACCCGCGUUCCUGUGCUAGAUUCUAUCGUUGUGUUAAAUUCGACCAACUUUCCCCCGAGUUCACCGUAUUCGAGUUCGACUGUCCCGCGGGUCUGGCGUUCGAUGCACGCUACGAGGUGUGCGUGUGGCCCGGUAGCUUGCCGAACUCGCAGGCAUGCCCCGGUUCAUCGGAGAUCGCGCCUGUACCGCACGCGCGUUUCACUUGCCCAGCCAAAGAAGGUUACUACGCGGACCCAGAGAACUGCCGUUGGUUCUUUGCCUGUUUAGACCACGGGAAGUCUAUGGAAGCGUACGAGUUCCGCUGCCCCUUCGGACUUGGCUUUGAUGCGGCGCGUCUUAAAUGCGACUGGCCCUGGCUUGUCCCUAACUGCGGGAAUAUAGGCAGAUAUGAAGCUGAAGCAUUUGGAUUCUCUGGUGCUGUUUUGACUGGUGCUACUGGAUUCCAAGGGAAGUCCGCCGAUUCAGUCAACAUCGCCGCUCACCAGAGUCUGGUGUCAGGAGCGUCUUUAGACAAUCUUGUUGGAAUACAAAACGGUUUUCUUUCAAAAGAUGACGUUCUAGAUACAAACUUCAUUGCUUCUCAAGAGGUUCCAAAUGUAGACUUUGCGGGACCAGAAACUUAUCAAAUCGACGAAGGAUCUUUUGACUACGCCUUAGGGGGACAAGGCGAACCUAGUGGACUCUCCUAUAAAUAUGUGUCUGCUGAUAACAUUAACAAGGGCCUCGUCCAAGCAACGAACUAUAACGACGAAGACAAGUAUACAAGUGGAUCUAUAAUUUUAGAUGAUUAUAGAUUACCUGCAAACAAAGCAGUUGCUUCUGGCAAAUAUAUCCCGGGACUUUAUUCAGCGAAAUCAUCAUCACGAUUCGAUUCAGGAAAAUAUAAAGGAAAUUCCGCUUAUCCCGGAGCUUCACCGAAGUACGAUAGCGGUAAAUACAAUAGUGGUUUUUACAGAAAAGAUAAAGCUGGUCAAUAUGUUCACAAUCCCGCGGGAGACCGCGCAAAACCAUACAAACAUAUUGAUGUACCACCUGUACCUUACGAUCAUAAUGACCCGAAAUACAAGCAAAACACAGAAUAUGAUGUAGGCGGUUAUAAGGGCUCAUAUGAUGUAGGCGGUUAUAAGGGCUCAUAUGAUGUAGGUGGCUAUAAGGGAUCGUACGAUGUAGGCGGCUAUCAGGGAUCGUAUGAUGUAGGCGGCUAUAAGGGAUCAGAUGAUGUAGGCUCGUAUAGCCAAGAUUCGUUGAAAGGUUACGAUUAUCCAAAACCAGCCAUUCCAUUUAAUGAAGGACCAACAGUGCCUCAGAAUCUAUACAGUAUUGAAGGUCAAUUAGAUGGAUAUACAAAUGGAGCUUCGGCUACUACUGGAGGUGCAACAGUAACUUAUCACGGUCACACCAAUACAGAUUCCGGUAAAUACGUUGCAGAUAAUACUGGUUUCAAUAGCAAUUCUCACAGUUUAACAGCAGGAGCAGUAAAAGUUGAUCUUGUAGGAAAAACUUCGUUAGUCGAUGUGGAUUAUUCUGACAAAGAAAAUUACGCAUCUCAAUCUUACAGUUCAGGAGUUGUUCACAGUCAAACUGUGGCACAACCAGCUGUCUCUAUUACUCAUAUAGGUACAGAUAGCCAAAAUCUUGACGGCUAUAGCUACGUAACUACUCCUACGUCAUCUGGUAUCCCAACUACAGCUACUCCUUUGCCAGUUACAUACAGAACGACAUAUGUACCAGAAGUUCCAAAAAGUAGCAUCAAGCAAGUUUUUGGUUACACUCAACCUGCUGUUACUUACGUUCAACCAACUGUCGUUCCCGUUAAAGUGACUGAUAAUAAUCAAGGAUUAAAUUAUCAGUUUGAAAGUAAAGACUAUUCACUUUAUAAUACAGCCUCAAAUAUCAAUUCUGAAUCAGGAUACGAUUACUCUAAGCCUGCUACUAAAUUGGAAAGUACUAUUUCAUACUCAACUCCAGCUCCAUCUGCUACCGUCGUUUCUUAUCAACCACAAGGGUUCGGACACAGUCAACAAACUAUUCAUAAAGUUGAAUCAGUUGGGUUCGAAUAUUCCACACCUACUCCAGUAAAUGAGCAACCGUUCAAAAAAUUAGUAGCAUAUACUACUGGACCGUCUGUUUCUACGUAUGUGGAGCCCGCAGCUCAGUCAUACAGUCAUCAAACAAUUCAUAAAGUUGAAUCAGCUAAUGCUUACACUCCAUCAGUAGAAGUUAGUGGUCAAGUAAGUUACGAAGUGCCUCAGACUUUUGUGCAAUAUUCGACACCCAAACCAGUGGUUUCAGUACAACCAGUAAUCUCAACAUAUGAACCAAAAUCAGUUAGUCAACAAACUGUACACUCGACGGUGGAUCUUAGUAAAUCGAACGUAGAUUCUCAAAGGCAAUCUGAGGAAGGUUAUGAAUAUAAGCAACCUCUUGUUCAUUUUCAGGAGGCACCAAAACUUAUUCAAUACUCAACACCCGCACCUACAGAGUAUAAAUCUCAAGCUUACAGCUCACAAUCCAUAAAUAGAUAUAACACUAAGCAAUAUGUUCCUGUGUCAUCAACUGCUCGACCAAUAGUAUCAUCGACUCCAGUAACUGUUUAUGAAAACCCUAUUCUUAAAUACACAGCAAAGGCUACUCCAGUAACAUACGUUAGUUCUACCUAUGCCCCACAAUCGUAUAGUCAGCAAACAAUUCAUAGAGACGAUUCUAGAUCAGAAAUAGUUUCCGAUAAUCAGUACGUAGCAGGAAUUAGAUAUCAGGAACCACAAACAACUUACUAUACAACGGGGCAACCAGCUUUAGCUGUGCAGCCGACAAUAUCCACCUAUCAACCCCAAGCUUAUAGUCAGCAAACUAUACAUAAAAUUGAGGCAGACAAAGUAAAUGCUUACGAUACGUCUGUUUCGGGAUACGAAUAUUCACAACCAGCCGUCAGUUACGAAACCACUAAUGUGGUGUCAUCGACUUCCGUACCUGUUGUCGCUUCUACGUAUAGACCAAAAUCAUACAGUCAACAAACCAUCCAUAAAGUUGAGAGACAAAGAAUUUCCUCAACACCGCUUCCGAAAGUUGAGUUGACUUAUCAAGAACCAUCCGUUUCCAUUUACGAAAAUCCUAUUUUAAAAUAUACCCAAAGUGCCGCCCCAAUCACUUACGUUCAACCAACUACCAGUGUUUUCACACAAACGUAUAAACCAGUGCAAUCUACAACAAAUUACGUUAGUAAGCCAGUCGAAUAUGAAUCUUCAGCUCAGCAGGCUUAUGAAACAGGAUACUCUUACAGUCAGCCGGAAAUUCAAAGAAAUGUCGAAAAUGUUAAUACUGCUAAGUAUUCUGACGCGACCCUCGUUUCUCAACAAUACUUCACUCAAUCCCAUAAUACUGGAAAUACUCAAUUUGGAUCUGGAAAAGACGUUGUUUUUGUGUCCUCAACACCGUCUACACUGGUUUACGAAGACCAUUAUGCUGAAUACGAAUCUGCUAGAAAAGUGAAACCAUACAAAGCGCCAGAGUAUAUACCACCUAAGAACGAGUAUCAACAAACAUUCGUAUCUUCAACAGCUUCAACACCUGUUGUUCAACAAAGUUCUGUCACCCAUACACAAGAUCAAUACGACUAUAAAUCGACAGAUUAUUCUCAACAAUAUGAAGGACAAUCGUCAUCACAAUUCACAAACAGUCAAUCUAAUUCUGACCAGUCGCAAAUAGUUGAAUCAGUGCACUUUUCAUCUGUUCCUGAGUAUAAUACUCAGUACACUCAAGCUGGUUAUCAAUCACCGGAAAUUCAAGUAGCUUACAAGGCUGAAGAAUACUUACCACCUGUAGCAUCAACUGCAGUCCCUGUAGUUACUUCUACAUACCGACCAAGAUUCUCAACAACGACGUCACGUGAAUACUUGCCUCCUACUUCUAAACCUAAAUAUACGGCUCCCGAGUACUUACCACCUGUCAGAAAUACGUAUACAGUACAAUCCACUGCAGCACCAGUAACUAAAUCCUUGGAGUAUUUACCUCCUUCUGAAAGUGCUAGUUCAAGUGUAGUCAACUUUGAAAGUUUUGGUUAUAACGAAGGUGAGUUGCUGAAGGGUGAUAGCAAAUUGAGUACAUACCAAGAUUUUAGUGUUCCCGCUGUCACACCCAUUGUUGUAUCAUCAACUGUGGCUCCUGCUACAAGAAAAUCGAAUAUUGUUAUUGAAACAGCUAAAUCUCACUUACUUGGCUUUGGAACGGUAGGACCCGAUGCGGGAUUAAUAUCAACUUACACUACACCAACAACUAUUGUAUCAAGUACUGACAAUUAUUAUUUAGCCCCUGUAUCAUCGACUUACGCUGCUGAGGUGACCUCAGCUCCUAGAAGAACGAAAACUAAAUAUUUACGACCAGCUGUAAAAUCUACUACACAGUCGUACGAGGAAUCAAAAACAGCAUAUAAAGCUCCUGAAUAUUUGCCACCGGCAGAAGAAUUUGUGCAAGAAAAUAGACAAUCUUUCGAUUAUCAGAGUACAGGCGCCUCUAAAAUUCAAUAUAAUCCUUUCCAAGAACAAGUAAUAGACAAUACCCCAGUGGUAGUAGCAACCGGUUCAGCACCAACAAGAAAGCAAAACAUUAUUGUACAAACAGCAAAAUCUCAUUUACUUGGCUUUGGCACUGUAGGAACCGAUGCUGGAUUAGUAUCGGAGGUAUCUGGUUACAGUACACCAGGACCUGUUGAAAUAUCACAUGGAGGAUCUGCAUACUCUACAGUCCCGGUUAGACAAGAAUUAGUUGAAGUUGGACAGGUUGUGAGGAAAACUAAGCCUAAAGUAGCCGUAGUUACUAAAUUAAAUGAUUUCAAUCCACUACUUGUAAGAAAGUUAGGCGCAGUUUGUAGUUGCCAAUCACCAGUAUUAGUUCUGAAAGGUAGAAGACCCAGUGUUCAAGAACAGGAUGUUGAGGAUUACACCGGCCAUGUCGACGCUGGACGUGGGGAUAUCGAUGAUGGUUACGUUCGGAAGUCUUCACGAUUUUCUACAAUUCCCAUUAACACAGUUACAGCUACACCAAUAGUUUCAUCCACUUUCAAUCCUAUUAUUGUCCCCGAAGACUCAUACUAUCAAGACUAUCCAGAAGCCAGUAAUGAUAACAUUGCAAUAGUGCCUACUCAGAAAGAGUAUUCUGAGGGAUAUGUGUCGAGCACGCCAGUAGUCUCAACAACGGAAAGAAUUAUUAAAAUCAAACCACGAGUUAAAGCUAUUACUGUUGCUCCCACAUAUAAAUCCGUUCUACUAGACGAAGAACAGUCGUCUCUUGGAACAGAAUCUGAAUCACCGGUAUCUGAAAUCGAUUCUCAAUCGUUUAAUCGAUAUGGUCCUGGCGGUUGGAGAGGACGAGAUGAGACUUUGCAAGGUUCGAUCGAUUGUAAGCGAGCAGGUUUGUUUAGACACCCCAAGCAAUGUAACAAGUUCUACGCGUGCAGAUGGGAUUGUACUAAACAGAGGUUCACUCUUCAUAUAUUUAACUGCCCAGUCCAACUCAGUUUCGACCCUAACUUAGGCGCUUGUAACUGGCCGAGCCAAGGACCAGCUUGUCAGGGUGACACUCUCCUCACAAAUGCUCUU